UCAGCCGGAGAAAGAGGAAGUUUAAAGAUAACUCUCGACUUUUAAGACAUUUUAUCUUCAUUUUACAUUUCUGGACCUUGGACACUUUAUCUCAGAAGAAAAUUAUCAUGGAUUUAUCAAAUAACAAGUCUAUGAUCUUCAUAACUAUACAGUUUACUCUACAGAAGUGAAAGCUUGGACACUAUUUAGACAGAAAUAUAUUGUAAUGUCUACAGGGACAUAAAAGUACCAUUUCAGAAAUUAUAAUAUCACAAGAGAUUAAAAAACAUGGCAGUGUCAGGACGAAAGGUUUCUGAUUUUCGAGGAACAGUAUCUAAAGGUUCAGCAGAGGACUUUGACCACAGCUGUGAACCAUGCUUAGCUAUUGGUCAGUUUGUAGAAGGCCAUGGAUUUUGUGUUGACUGUCAGGAAUGUCUGUGCAAGACCUGUUUUGCUUAUCAUCAACGAACAAAGGCCUCGAAACAUCAUCAACUUCUUCAUAAAGAUAACAUUGGGAAACAUAAUGUUCAUAGCAAGGAUUCGGCAAUGUGCACUGAAAAGUGUGUUAUUCACAAAAAUGAGAUCAUCAAGUUUUUCUGCACUGAACAUGAAUUUCUCGGAUGUACUGAUUGUAUUACUCUGAAUCACAGGACAUGUAAAAUUGAUUACAUACCUGAUAAAUGUGCAGGUAUAGGGGACAGUGAUGAGUACAGGAAAAUGCUGAGAGAACUGGAUCAGAAGAUGAAAGAUAUUGAUGCUGUGAUCAAAAUGGCAACACUACAAGACAAUCAGAUAGACUCUUCCUAUGAUCAUGUCAUCAAAGAAAUUAUCAAAUUCCGCAAAGAGAUAAAUGAUCGCUUAGAUGAACUGCAAAAGCAAGUUCAGACAGAGGCUGAGAAAAAGAAGCUCAAAGACAAACAAACAGUCAAGAAUGUGCUUGAUACAUGUACCGCUGUUUCUUCAGAUAUCAAGAAAGUCAAGUCCGAUCUACAAGACAACAAAACUUCACAGCAGAAUGGGCAACUUUACAUUAUGAUCAAACAAGCAAAAUCCAAACUAAAGCUGGAUGAUUUGAAGAAUGUUCAAGACUCUUUAGAUCAGACAAGAGUUCAUCACACAUUUGAAAGAAACAAAGAAUUAGAGAACAUCUUUACUAAGCAAGAUAUAUUUGGGACAUUGAACUUAACCACUACUAUGGUAAAGAAAGAGCAACUGAGCAUAUCCACUACCCCGGUGACUAUGAUAAAGAAGAAAGUAUUUGAUAAGUUAACUCACAAAGGAGAUAUAAAUGUAAAGAAAAACUCGGAUAAGAAAGAAUGCUGGAUCACAGGAUGUGCAGUAUUGCCCUCUAACAAAGUUAUACUGGCUGAUAACAACAACAAUAAACUGAAAAUUGUGAACAUACAAAGAAAAGCUGUAAUAGAAGAGAAGAAACUUAACUCAGACCCAUUGGACAUUGCUGUACUGCCUCAGGACCAGAUUGCUGUAACAAUGCCAGAGAAGAGAGAGAUCCUUAUAAUGACAACAGCAGGUAAACUGUCAAUCAGCCGGAGUAUUCCAGUGAAACAAGAAUGUAGAGGUAUAACUUACCAUCAAGGUCAGCUCUAUGUGGUUUGCUGGGAUCCUUGUAGUGUGCAUAUAGUAGAUAUUCAAGGUUAUGUCAAUAACAUUAUUUCUCUAAACAGUGAGAUAUUUGCCUACCCACAGUACAUACUGCUCAGUGAAGAUGCCAGACAUAUCUACAUCAGUAACUAUAGUAGCCACAGUGUAGUCAGUGUAACAUUACAGGGUGAUGUAUCAGCUGUAUACCAGCACAAGGAUUUUAGUGGACCAGAGAGAAUGCUGAUGUUAGAUGAUGGAUCAUUGCUGGUGUGCUGCUUCAGAAACAACAACUUACAUCAUAUCUCAGGAGACUUGAAGCAAGGUCACACAAUCUUACAUGGAUUACAGUACCCACGGUCUAUAUGCUACAAUCAUCAUCAACAAGAAGUCUAUAUUGGUGGAUACUGUGAUCAGCUUAAGAUACUGAAAUAACAUUGACAGAGUAAAUAAAAUCUAACCACAACCACUCUGUAGCAAACAAAGUGCUGAGAGAAGUCUCACAUACCAACAGUGUCUGAAAAUAACUCAUUCACAACAUGAAAAGAAGAAACAAGCCAUCAUACUAAACUGUAAAUAAUAUCAUCACUGUAUUUUCUGUUGAACACUAUUUCAUGUAUAUAUAACAUGUAUGUUUUAUAUGUUUUCUUAAAAUAAAUGUUACCUUAAACUAUAUUUCACUAUUGUAUUUUUGGUUAGAAUGUAAGGAAGUUUAAAGCUUUUUGACUAUCAUGAUAAACUUUUUUGGUUCUUUAAUAGGAUUAGAAUGCAACCCAGUAUAAUAGUAGCAGAUUCUGUUUGGUCAAAUUUAAAAGGUAAUGAAAUAUGAAACACCCCUCAGACCACUGAAUGUACUCCAUGAUCCAAAAGGAACAGAAAAAAUAACAAAGAUCAAUGGCAGACACCAGAACACUUUUUCAUAUCCACACUGAUUGUAACUGUUAAUCCAUAUAUCAAGUUAUAUAAACAAAAAAAAAACUAAAUGAAAACUUAUGGAAUUCCAGGUAUAACAUACUUUUUUUUCAUACAGAAAAGGAAUAUAAAUUUCAACUAAUAAAGAAAAGACAUUGAAUUUGUAAUGUUAGACUAAACAAAAAUAAUCCAGUAGUUAACAAGUCGAAAGAUUUCCUGCGGCCAGAAGUUAUACAGACCAGAAAUUGUUAUUGAUGUUUGUGUGACCAUAGUCUAAAAAGUAACUUAUGGGUGAAUAGAGAGCUUGUUUUUUAUCAUACCAUUACGCUUUAAUGUAGGAAAUAUUACUCCAUUCUACAUGUUG